GUGCGAGCAGCAGGGCUGAGCUAAGCCGAGCCCACGUGUGACGGCUCUCGCCGCUGCCCCGGCUCCGCCGCUCGCAGAGAGAUUCGGAGGAGCCCGGGCGGGGGGGAGGAGGAGGGGGAGGAGGGAGCGGGAGAUCUCGGGGCUCGGAGCCGGCCGCCGCUCCGCUCCGAUCGCUGUGGGGCUCGGUUUUUUGGGGGUGGGGGGGCGGGGGGGCUCAGAUAUGGAGGCAAAUGGGAGCCAAGGCACCUCGGGCAGCGCCAACGACUCCCAGCACGACCCCGGUAAAAUGUUUAUCGGUGGACUGAGCUGGCAGACCUCACCAGAUAGCCUUAGAGACUAUUUUAGCAAAUUUGGAGAAAUUAGAGAAUGUAUGGUCAUGAGAGAUCCCACUACGAAACGCUCCAGAGGCUUCGGUUUCGUCACGUUCGCAGACCCAGCAAGUGUAGAUAAAGUAUUAGGUCAGCCCCACCAUGAGUUAGAUUCGAAGACGAUUGACCCCAAAGUUGCAUUUCCUCGUCGAGCGCAACCCAAGAUGGUCACAAGAACAAAGAAAAUAUUUGUAGGUGGAUUGUCUGCGAACACGGUGGGUGGAAGAUGUAAAGCAAUAUUUGAGCAGUUUGGCAAGGUGGAGGAUGCAAUGCUGAUGUUUGAUAAGACCACCAACAGGCACAGAGGGUUUGGUUUUGUCACUUUUGAGAAUGAAGACGUUGUGGAGAAAGUCUGUGAGAUUCAUUUCCAUGAAAUCAAUAAUAAAAUGGUAGAAUGUAAGAAGGCUCAGCCGAAAGAAGUCAUGUUCCCACCUGGGACAAGAGGCCGGGCCCGGGGACUGCCUUACACCAUGGACGCAUUCAUGCUUGGCAUGGGGAUGCUGGGCUACCCCAACUUUGUGGCAACCUACGGCCGCGGCUACCCCGGAUUUGCUCCUAGCUAUGGCUAUCAGUUCCCAGCCCUAUUACCAUAUUUAAAUGCAAGCUUCCCGGCAGCAGCUUACGGACCAGUGGCGGCAGCAGCAGUGGCAGCAGCCAGAGGAUCAGUCCUGAAUAGCUACAGUGCUCAACCGAAUUUUGGCGCGCCCGCUUCCCCGGCAGGCUCCAACCCGGCGCGGCCCGGAGGCUUCCCGGGGGCCAACAGCCCAGGACCUGUCGCCGAUCUCUACGGCCCUGCCAGCCAGGACUCCGGAGUGGGGAAUUACAUAAGUGCGGCCAGCCCACAGCCGGGCUCCGGCUUUGGCCACGGCAUAGCUGGACCUUUGAUUGCAACGGCCUUUACAAAUGGAUACCAUUGAGCAGGUGCUUUCGUUGCCAUCUCACUCUGAGAGCAUACCUGGAUGUCCAGGCAAGACUGGGCGAAGUUUCUGAGUGGCCCUUUGUUUAGGUGAUGUCAUCAGACCUGGACCCCCACCAGCCUCACUCCCCAUCCCAACCAGAGAUGGCUCACUUCGGAUCGAGGGUUGACUACAUCUCAUCAUCUCACAAAUCUGCUGUAAUAUAAGACAACAGCUUUUAAAUGUGUAUAUAACCCAUGAUUUUGGUUUUGUUUUGUUUUUGUUUUUCUUGAUGGUUUCCCUUCCCCGUCUCUCUUGCCCCUUCUCCUUUUAAAUCUCUUUGAAUCACAUUCAGUAGUGAUUUUGACGUAGUCCAGUAGUCAUAUAGCUUUAAUAUCUAGUUAAAAGCUAACCAUAGUAUAAUUGUUAUAUUAAGGUAUUAUUUUUUUCUUUAAAAAAUUUUUUUUGCUUGUUUUGAUUCUGUUCUCACUUUUAAAGGAUGCUGAGAUGGUAAUAUUACUCUCAAUAUUUUGGUACCAAUUCUGAGAUUGUAUGAAUUUUCAGGUGGAACUUGAGCACACAUGGAAGUGAAGUUGUGAAGUGUGGAGCGGGAGGUGGGCAUCAACUUUCUCUUUUGCAUUGUGUACGAAGGGAGAUGUGGUAGACUAAUUAACAGACUCUGGCAGUUCUUUUUGUGAUGUCUCUUUGUUAACCUAAGUAUAUCUAUUUUCGGCAAUAAGGUAAGGACGACCAUGUUUCAAGUGUCCUCCUUUUCUAUAAGUGCUUUUUUUCUGUUGAAAGAGGUGAUAUUAUAAGGUUUUUUGAAAUUGUGAAUUCUAAAAAAGAAAUGUUGUAAAUACAAUUCCAUUAACUACAUAGAAACUAUUAAGAAAGAGAGAAUCAAAAAUAUUUUUGUGAGGGAGUCAGUCCCAAGCAGUUCGAUGCUGUGUGGAAGGGGAGGGAAAGGAACAUGAAGCAAGUGAGUUCCGGAGACGGAAGAACACCCAGCUGCCAGGACGACCCCGGGAAAAGUUAGAACACUGUUUAGCUCCUUUUGUCUGUGUGAUAGACCUAAGAACUCUAUUAGUGUCAUACCAGCAUAUUAACCUCUCGUCUGUGCACAGCUUCAAAUGUUACCGUCUAGUUAGAUUUUUAUUUAAAAUAAUGAAAAACCGCUUUUCCCAAGACGUUUUUUAAAAACAAAGCUACAAUUUUAAUAUUUAACGUAUUUAAAGUUUCAAAGCACACCUGUCUGGCUUGGGUAGGGAAGGGUGGGGAGACAUCCUUUUUCAGUCUUAAUUUUUAAAUAUUUGAUCAUUUUCUAUUGUCCAAUCAUUUCAGCACCUCCAAAGGUCCCUAGGACACUUUGCCUCUCUUCUCCCCCUGCCCCCCCCACCCACCCCGGCUCUGGGGCCCUUGGGCCAGGAGUAGAUAAGCCUGCAUUAAUGAAACCUUUUCUCCAUUCACUUUCUAUUUACAAAUUAGGAAAGCAACCUUUUGGUUUAUAUAUUUUUUUUAAUACCUCAGUGCUGCAAGUAUCACCAGAGAGGCUAUGGAAGAAUUUUUUUUUAAUUUAUUGUAGAUGUAAACAGAAUUUUAAAAAUAAAAAGUAUAAACAUCGCUGCACUGUGACUGGUGGGAAAAACUGACAGUUUCCUGUUUGCACAUGUUAACAUUUGGCUGUUAUAAUAUAUGGUCCUCGGUUGGGGAAAGAUACUUAUGAUGAAGGAUAUUUUUUAAUUUAACUUUUUUUUAAUAUUGGUAAUAGGUCGGCAACAGCAACUAUAGAAGUACAACUCAAUAGAUGGCAUUAAAACAUAUUGUAGUGUGGAUAUAUAUUUUUUCCUUUUUUAAAAUGUGAUAUUGCCGUUUUAUUAAUAUUUUUUAAAUUGUUACGUUUAUAAAUUUGGUACUUAAGGCACAGCCAGUAUGAGACACUGAAUGCGACAUUUAUUAUAAAGAGCUGCUGCACUCCUAUUUUUAUAAAUUUUACUAACAAAGUAGACUAAUGUAGACAUUCACAGACAUGGUAGGGCAAAUACAUCUUCAAACAAAAGGCUCCAAAAUGCUAACUCAGAAAGAAAGAAAAAAGCCUUUUUCAAUUCUAAUUAAACAACACUUUUAAAAAGUCAUGUUCUUUGUUUUUCCAAUAAAAUGUUAGGUUGUUUGGUGAUAUGUUUUUGUUUUUCUUUCUUUCUUUUAUUUCCAAACAACCAGGUUAAGGAAAAUGCUGGGCGCUUUUAAAAUAUCCAAACUUGUUCAAGUAAUAAAAUAACAAAAUAGAAGUUUUAUUUAAAAAAAAAAAA